AUGGCAGUUUGAGAGCGGAGCUGCGGAGCGCCCUGAGGAGAGAUGAGUCCCGCCGAUAAAUCACACAUCUCUAUACUUCUCCAACGGCCAUCGUUGCAUAUUUAACAAGCGGUGAAGGUGGAGACUGUCACUUGUCAUUUUUUAAGGAACUAAAUUGACCAUCCAGCGACGGCGAUGAUCAUUCGCUAGGAGGAGGGUUUUGGGGGGGUUUUAGCUGUGGUGGCUAGCGGGCGAUGCUAGUCGGGAAAGGCUCGCCUGUGUGUUUUCUUCGCGCGGAGAUGGAGAGGAUUCGCUCCUCUCUUUGGACCUGAGCACGGCGCGUGCACCGGACACACAGACUUCUGCCUUAUUGUUUUUAUUAAAUCGGAUGUGUUCCGGUUUGACCGGACCGCAGGAUCUGUGGACCUAUUUGGCUGCUCUGAGGACUGCGCGACCAGGAGAGUUGGGCCUGCUGCGCCGGAUCGGAUAGAGGCCAGUCUGCGCGAAGCCCUAAUCCGGGCCGCGGCGCGAGACCCACCGGGCCAGACCGCACACAUACGUGCACACACUCGGGCGAAAGGGUUACGGAGCCAUCCAGAGCAGACGUAACCCACUUUCUCUUUAACUGUAAACGGGAAUAAAACUGAAGUGCUUUCAACUGCUGUCAUGGCAAUGACCAAAAUUAAAGAAAUAGUCAGUCGGAAUAAGAGGAGGUAUCAGGAAGAUGGAUUCGACUUGGACCUGACAUACAUAUAUCCCAAUAUUAUUGCCAUGGGCUUCCCAGCCGAACGGUUGGAGGGGGUGUACAGAAACAACAUUGAUGAUGUGGUGCGAUUUCUGGACUCCAAACAUAAGAACCGUUAUAAAAUCUAUAACUUAUGUGCCGAACGACACUAUGAUGCUACAAAAUUCAACUGUAGGGUGGCACAGUAUCCAUUCGAAGACCACAACCCACCUCAGUUGGAAUUAAUAAAGCCUUUCUGUGAGGAUCUGGACCAGUGGCUGUCAGAGGACGAGAACCAUGUCGCCGCCAUCCACUGUAAGGCUGGCAAGGGUCGCACGGGGGUCAUGAUCUGUGCCUACCUUUUGCAUCGUAAGAAGUUUGCAGAGGCGCAGGAGGCACUGGAAUUUUAUGGGGAAGUUAGGACCAGGGAUAAAAAGGGGGUAACCAUACCCAGCCAGCGCAGGUAUGUGCAUUACUACAGCUAUCUGUUGAAGAACAAGCUGGAUUAUAAACCCGUCGCCCUCCUCUUCCAUAAAAUGGUUUUCCAGACCCUGCCUAUGUUCAGUAGUGGCACUUGCAGGGACAGUACUUUUAAAAACAGGAGUGAGGUGAAUCCCCAGGGCUUCAAGAAAGGCAGCUGGCACUGGGACCCUCAGUUCGUUGUGUAUCAGUUGAAGGUAAAAAUCCACACGUCGAAUCCGGCCCACACACGAAGGGAAGAAAAGCACAUGAUCUUUGAGUUCCCUCAGCCUCUUCCUGUAUGUGGCGACAUCAAAGUGGAAUUCUUCCACAAACAGAGCAAGAUGAUGAAGAAGGAUAAAAUGUUCCAUUUCUGGGUAAACACGUUCUUCAUCCCGGGUCCCGAGGAAGCUGGGGAGAAAGUGGAGAACGGGUCAGUGAUCAAUGAUGUGGACAGCCUCUCCUCUCAAAGCCAGAGCUCUUCGGCGGAGAGGGAGAGGGAGAGGGAACGAGACAAGGAGAGAGGGGUCGUCGGAGGAGGACUUGAAAAAGUGGCAGAAAGGGGAGGAGAGAGAGCGGCAACGGCAGACGGAGAUAAAGACUACUUGAUACUGACCUUAACGAAAAACGACCUUGAUAAGGCCAACAAAGAUAAAGCUAACCGAUAUUUCUCACCCAACUUCAAGGUGAAGUUGUACUUCACCAAAACUGUUGAGGAGCCCUCAAACUCAGAAGCGAGCACUUCGACCUCUGUUACCCCAGAUGUGAGUGACAACGAACCCGAUCACUACAGAUAUUCCGACACCACUGAUUCCGAUCCGGAAAAUGAACCUUUCGAUGAGGAACAGCACGCACAGAUUACUAAAGUCUGAAAACUUUUUUGGCAUCUGCACACGUUUGCUCGCAAACAAACAUGACGGACAAAACCAAGAGAACCCAACCAACACCAGUGAAAUAAAACAAGGAGAAAACUUGAAAACAAACUGAAGAGAAAAGGACCCUCCCCCUCCAGGCCUCCGAAAGCUCACGGACAGUUUAUGUCAUGACAGAUGCCAUCAAUUGAAAUAUCCUGACCAAUAUAUUGUUUAGUUCAUUUUCACCCGAGGUGGACGGGAGGGUCCUGUAGCUAUUCUGUGUAUAUAGAAUCCCUUUUUGUGUCAGAGACGAUAAAAAUCUAGGCAAUCAGGCGAGGAGAGGCAGAGCAGACCACACAUCUCUCCUUCUCCCUGUCUUUAUCCAGGCCAGUGCUGCAAUCAAUUUCUCGCCCUCUCCCUCGCUCCUCCCCUCCUUACUGUGAAUGCUUCUCGUGCUGUCUGCAGGCGCUAAGACCCUUGACCCCCUCUCCUGCGCAGUGUUUGCUGGGAUACGUAGUCCUUCAGGCUGUUGUACAAAGGCUGCGGUGUGCCAGCGUCCCUUUUCCUAGCCUCACAAACCCCGCCCCCCUCCACCCCACCCCCACUGUGUAUAACGAUAAAUUAUGCAGAAAAACACGACAUCCCAUGUACUUGUCGAUGUUUUUUCUUUAUUUUCUUCUUUUUUAUCCUAAGAUAAUAAAAAAUAUAAUACACGAAA